CGCUAUCUCUUCUUCUCUUCACUAAACCGGACUAUUUACCUCGAAAGUACGUAAUGUCACGAUUCCAAAGCUCUACGAUAUUACAGACAACACAGUUAUCUUACAUCUCGGAAAAUAUGUGUAACGUUAUACUUGUUGUUCACGAAAUUCCUGCUAAUGUUGGAUUUUUGAUUUAGCACACAAUUAACUCAUAGAAGGAGAGUUUUCCUUGCCCCAAAGUAGCCCAGAAUGCACCGCGCGGCCCAUUGACGAUGCAUGGGUAACGUACAUCAUGACCGUACUACGAUUAUAAUGGAGAGUCCCAUCUACUCAGAAGUAUAUCUGCAUGGGCCAGUUCAAGAACGGUGUGAUUAUGGUGACCCAGAUGGAGAUUGUAUAUGGUGUGUGCUUGCACGAGUUUUGCAAUUUCAAGUGGUCACACCCAUAUUGAUCCACACCUCGCCACAACCACCAAACCGGAGAAACCUUACCUCAAAAGCUAUUGAACAACGGUUCGCACCGUUUUUGGAAACGUGUCGUUCAGUACCAUAGUUUCUAUGUUCAGUACAAUUCGCCACACAACGUAGCAAACGUUGAAUCGAACUGAACAAACCCCCUGUGGAAGUAAAUAUCGGAUGACGACUAAGGUCACGUGUGAUUGUUUCUGCAGGAAAUUCACAGUGUCGGUCUUCAAAAUGGAAAUGAUUAGCCAGCGACAUUUUCAUACAUUGAAGAAGUUUUUCACCUGAUUUACACUAUGCCUACUUUUUGAACUACGAUAUCAAAUAACUAAAACAAACGUUAGCUAACGUGCUGUCGGCAACGCUAGCUAGCUAACACAACGUUACGUUAGCUAGCUAGCCAGCCAGCAACAUUUCUCUGCUAGCUAGCCGGUUUGGACCACAAUUAUAUUUACAGGUUUUGACAUACACGGUCAAAAUGGAGCUGUUUCAAGCCAAAGACCAUUACAUUCUCCAGAGUGGGGAUCAUGCUCUUUGGUGUAGCCGAAUAGAUGGGACUAUGAAUGUCAGACCUGCAACAGACCUGCUGUUAGCUAGGAACCCAACGUGUUUAGGCCUGGUUGAGGGUCUCGUCGGGAAAAUACAACUUCAUACAGAUCUUCCUCUGGGUCUCAUACUGAUCCGUCAGAAAGUGCUGGUUGGCCAGAUGCCAGGUGACCACAAAGUCUACAAGAUCACCAAGAUAGCUGUCAUUCCUCUAUCUGAGGAAGAGCCUCUGGAGCUGGAGCUGGAGCUUUGUAAGAAGCAUCACUUUGGGAUCGACAAACCAGAGAAGCUUGCACAGUCUCCAGAUGAGUCGAAGUUCCUGAUGAAAACUCUGAGUCAGAUCAAGUCCAAUGUUGGGGCUCCCACGAAGAAAAAGGUCAAGGAAAAUAAAGAAAAGGAGCGUCUCGAGAGGCGGCUGCUCGAUGAGCUGUACAAGAUAUUCAUGGACUCAGAUUCCUUCUACUACAGCAUGACUUAUGACCUCACCAACACUGUCCAACGGCAGGGAGACACAGAAAAGUCAAACUUGCCCCUAUGGAACCAGGUGGAUGACAGAUUCUUCUGGAACAAACACAUGGUCCAGGAGCUCAUUGAUCUGCAGGUUCCAGAGGUGGACUUCUGGGUGACACCCAUCAUCCAGGGCUUUGUGCAGGUGGAGGAGCUGGUGGUGAACUACAACGAGAGCCCAGAUGAGGAGAAGAACAGCCCCGACACGCCGCUCCAGGAGCUCACCUGUGUAGACGACAUCCACCCGCGCUUCACCGUGGCCCUCAUCUCCCGCCGCAGUCGCCACCGUGCAGGGAUGCGGUACAAACGCAGAGGGGUGGACACAGACGGCCACGUGGCUAACUUUGUGGAGACCGAGCAGCUGAUCCACGUGCACAACCACUCACUGUCCUUUGUGCAGAGCCGCGGCUCGGUGCCUGUCUUCUGGAGCCAAGCAGGCUACCGCUACAACCCCAGGCCUCGGCUGGAGAAAGGAGAGAAGGAGACCAUUCCUUACUUUGCUGCGCACUUUGACGAACAGCUCAACCUUUACAAGAAGCAGGUCAUCAUUAACUUAGUGGAUCAAAGUGGGCGGGAGAAGAUUAUUGGCGAUGCAUAUCUCAAACAAGUCCUUCUAUACAACAAUCCUAACCUGACAUAUGUCUCUUUUGACUUCCAUGAGCACUGUCGAGGUAUGAAGUUUGAAAAUGUGCAAACGCUGACAGAUGCCAUCUCCGAUAUUAUUGCAGACAUGAGAUGGGGGUGGGUCGACCAGGCAGGAGUCAUCUGCCACCAGGAGGGCAUUUUCCGGGUGAACUGCAUGGACUGUCUGGAUAGGACCAAUGUAGUCCAGGCUUCAUUCGCUCGUGCUGUAAUGGAGGCACAGCUGAAGAAACUGGGUGUGAUGCCCCCUGAGCAGCCUCUGCCCCUCAAGUGCUAUAGGAUCUACCAGGUCAUGUGGGCCAACAACGGCGACACCAUCAGUAGACAGUACGCCGGCACGGCCGCCCUCAAGGGAGACUUCACCAGAACGGGGGAGAGAAAACUGGCCGGGGUGAUGAAAGAUGGCGUGAACUCAGCCAACCGCUACUAUCUGAACCGCUUCAGGGACGCGUACAGACAAGCAGUCAUUGAUCUGAUGAUGGGGCAUCCUGUGACGGAGGACCUAUACUCCAUCUUCAGUAAGGAGAAGGAGCAUGAGGAGAAUGAGCAGGAGAGCCAGAGAGUAACCCAGGAGCAGGUCAGCCUCCUGCUGCAGACCUACAUGCAGCUGCUGCUGCCCGACGAUGAGAAGUUCCAUGGGGGCUGGGCCCUUAUCGACUGUGACAUGAGCCUUAUAGAUGCAACCAGCAAGGAUGUGGAUGUUCUCCUGCUGCUAUCCAACAGUGCAUAUUACGUUGCCUAUUAUGAUGAGGAAGCUGACAAAGUCAAUCAGUACCAACGCCUCAACUUAGAGGGUUUGGAAAAGAUUGAAAUAGGCCCAGAACCCACUCUGUUCGGGAAGCCCAAAUUCUGCUGUAUGCGUCUACACUAUAAUAAUGGGGAGACAAGUGGUUAUUUUCACACACUAAGGGCCCUCACAAGGAAUCCUGAGGACGAUGGUAAAGACACGUUGCAGUGCAUAGCAGAGAUGCUUCGCCUAACUAAGCAAGCCAUGGGACUUGACCUGCAGGUGGUUGAGAAGAGACUGGAGAGGAGGCACAGUAAACCUCACGAGGACAUCAUGGGCAUCCAGGGCAGACACCCAGACCAGGUCCUGGGCAGCUCUGGUCUGGCUCAGGGCAAGAGCUUCCUCCUCAACAAGUUCUCCUCCCUCAACAAGAGGGUGAAGAAGUCCAACGUCAACAUGGGCUCCUUCAAGGGGAGGCUGGGCAACACCUUCUCCACCAAGCCGGACGUGAAGGUGAACUUUCUGAAACCCACCAUGGGGGUCACCCUCUGGAAGUCUGAUAGCAGCUUGGAGACGUCGGACGGGGCCAACAUCGGCCCGGCUCUGAAGGACCUCUGUAACAACCACUCGGAGAUGUCAUCAGACUCGGACUCCUACAACUCGGACGAACAACUGCGCUCCAGCUCCUUGGAGAAUGUGGACUACGUGCUGCCCAGCUGCGGCAUCGUGGCGUCGGCUCCGCGACUAGGCAGUCGAGGCAGUGUGGAGCUCAACAUCCGGGUCACUGGCUGCGACAGUAACAGCAAGCAGGAGGCUCCGGCUCUAGCCAGUCCUGAAGACCAGUCCCCCGGGGUUACCUCGGAGGCUGAGGAGGCCAUCCUGAUAGACUUUGGAACUCCCAUUGACGCCUAUUGCCACCAAUUCAUCCAGGACGCGCAGACCAAACCUGUCGAGGUGUUCGGGGAGCAGGUGGCUUGUAGCCUCCCCACACAGAACCCACAAGUCCCUCCACAUGCUAAAGGCCCCCUGGCCCCAGACGAACACCCAGGUUCAGAUCAGCAGGAGGAGGAGCUCCAGCUCCCUCCCAGGCCGUCCCAGCUAGAUGUUGCCUCCGGCCCCAAUCUCCUGACCGUCCAGAAGCCCAUCUCUGCAGCUUCCGGCAGCUCCCAGAGGAGCCUGGGCUCUCACAUGGAGGGCAGCCUGGGCCCCUCACCCGCCGACAGCAACGGCAGUCGCGUGGUCUCCCCCUUUGCCAAGAUCAAGAGCUCCAUGGUGCAGGUGGCCAGCCUGACCCAAGCUGGACUCACCCAAGGCAUCAACUUUGCUGUGGCGAAGGUGCAGAAGAGCCCAGAGCCAGAAAUGGCCACUCUCAACGAGACCCAAGAGAACGAGCUGAAGGCAAUGUUUACACAGUGCCAGACCAGGAUCAUACAGAUCUAGCACGUCCCAAGUUGUAGCCUCUAAGCAGGUUUUUGUACAGUUUCUAUGUGACUUCCAGUACAGUAGCAUAAUCUGACUCAGCUAAGAACCCCACUCUUCAACUAUAGUUGACAUGACCAUGUUUACAGCCAGUGUUGUGUAGUGUGUGUGUGUGUAUAUAAUACUCCAGCUCUAUAUGACAGCGUCCUUAAUCCUGUUGCAUUUCCUUUCAAUAGGUUUUCCAGAUAUAUUUGCAUGUCAGGCUAUUGGUAAUAACUAAGGCAGGUAAUAUCCAGUGCAUGUUGAGAGACAAGCUCUGAAUUUAUCACUUUUAUGAUCCCAUAUGUGCAGUGCACCAAUUGGCAUUUGUGAUAUAGGCCUAGUUUAUAGCUCUGUUACCAAAAGAAGUACACGUUUUUGACCAAAUUUCCCUCUUGGUUUUCAAAGGGCGGCUCAAUGUUAGAUUAGUCCCCUAAUAAGAAAUCAAACUCCUAGUAGAAUCAGUGUUGCCGAGUUUUUCCCUACCGAUAUUGGAAAUGUACGAAGGUAGGACUUAAUCAAGGUACAAGAACUCCGGUAAGAGUAUAGUGUUUGAUAUGUAAAUAUUGUACUGUAUGUACAGUGCCUAUCAUACAUAUUUAUCCCCCUUGGAUUUCUUCACAUUUUGUUACACAAGUGGGAUUAAAAUGGAUAUAAUUGUAAUUUUUUUGUCAACGAUCUACACAAAAUACUUUGUCAAAGAUUUUAAUUGAGAUUAAUGUAAAAUAUAACACUAAUCUUGAUUCGAUAAGUACUCACCCUACAGCUGUGUCUUGGCUAAGUCUCUAAGAGCUUUUCCCACCUGGAUUGUGCAAUAUUUGCCCAUUUUAUUAUUUUCAAUAAACCUUCAAGUUUCAAGUCUUGCCAUAGAUUUUCAAGCAGAUUGAAGUCAAAUUGUAACUUGGCCACUCAGGAACAUUCAUUGUCUUCUUGGUUAGCAACUCCAGUGUAGAUUUGGCCUUUUGUUGUAGGUGAUUGUUCUGCUGAAAGGUGAAUUCCUCUCCCAGUGUCUGGUGUAAAGCAGACUGAACCAGGUUUUCCUCUAGGAUUUCGCAUGUGCUGAGCUCUAUCCCGUUUUAUUUUUAUCCUGAAAAACUCCCAGUCUUUGCCGAUGUCAAGCAUACCCAUACCAUGAUGCAGCCACCACCAUGCUUGAAAAUAAGGAGACAGUUACAGUGAUGUGUUGUUGGAUUUGCCCCAAACAUAAGGCUUUGCAUUUAGGUCAAAAAGUCUAUUCCUUUGCUGUUUUUUUUUUUGCACUAUUACUUUAGUGCCUUAUUGCUUACAGAAUGUAUGAUUUGGAAUAUUUAUAUUAUUCUUUUCACAGUCAUAUAGGUCAUUAUUGUGAAGCCACUACACUAUUAUUAAUCCAUCAGUUUUCUCACAUCACAACAAUUCUGAAGCUGUUUCAAAAUCACCAAUGGCCCCAUGGUGACCAUCCCUGAGCAGUUACCCUCCUGUCCUGCAGCUCAGUUCAGAAGAAUGACUGUAUCUGUUAUGUGUCUGGGUGGUUUAAUACAUCAUCCACAGCAUCAGUAUUAACUUGACCAUGCUUAGAGAUAUUCAAUGUCUGAUUUGUUAUUGUUACCCAUGUACCAAUCACUGCCCUUCUUUAUGGGGCUUUCAAAAAUCUCCCUGUUCUUUUGUAGUUGAAUCUGUGCUUGAAAUCCAAUACUUGACUGACAGACCUUGUAUGUACUGUAUGGGGGAAGGGGUAGUUAGAGUGAGUGACAUCAAUCAGGCCUCUGAGGACUGGAGUUUCUCCAUCCCUGGUGUAGAUCAAUGACAAAAAGAUCACAGUUAUUAUUAUUAUUUUUUUUAUAUUUUUCAAUCCCACUUUGCAACGCAACAAAAUGUGAAGAAAUCCAAGGGGGUGAAUACUUAAAUAUAUUUGUUCCCUGUGUAGAACCUUUUCUAUUGACCAACAUAUGUUGAUGGACAUAGCACUAUAGUAGAAAUCAAAAGUUUGGACACACCUGCUCAUUCAAGGGUUUUUCUUUAUUUUUUAUUAUUUUCUACAUUGUAGAAUAAUAGUGAAGAUGUCAAAACUAUGAAAUAACACAUAUGGAAUAAUGUAGUAACCAAAAAAGUGUUAAACAAAUUAAAAUAUAUUUUAGAUUCUUCAAAGUAGCUCUUUGCCUUGAUGACAGCUUUGCACACUCUUCACAUUCUCUCAACCAGCUU